GAUAUCUCCAAAUGUAAAAACAAGGACGACAUUGAUACAAUCUUGAGUAAGUUUUACGCCAAAAAAGACUUGAAUCCCAUGUGUCGUUAUAUAAGGCUGGCUACAGCAAAUGCGGUAGAACUUUGGAGUUCGCGACAACUUCUGAAAAAAGAACAUAAUGAAUCUUGGUACCGCUCGCAUGUGUAUACCUCAGUAUGGGACAAUGCCUUCAUAUGCGAUGAUUAUUUCAAUUCAAAGCGAGCAGAUUGCUAUUCGAAUAUGACAAAAGAAUUAAAAAAUAUUCCUAACCAACGUGUCGAUUUCAUUCUUCGCAAUAUCAAUGAUGGUGUUGAUUAUCUUUCUGUAGAGGAGAAGCCAGGCCUAAAAGGUGUGAAGAGUGAUUUGAAGAAAGGAAAGAUACUACAACAAUGCAUGCUAAAGAAAUGGACCAAAUGCCUUCAGAAAUUAGGUGUCAUGGAUCAGUUUGAAGCAAUAACAUGUCAGUGGGAAGGAUUGAAACUAAGCAUUUAUGGAACGAAAUUUGUGUCAAAGAACAAUAUGAUCACUUACAUUAAAGGAACGUUCGCUUUUCCAGCAGAAGAAACCCAUGCUGCCUCUUUUGCCCGUUUGCUGUUAGCUGUCCUUUCAUUGAAGCGCCUUGUCAUGAUAAAUUACUCGAAACUCAACGCCGCCUUAGAAACAAAGUAUCGCUACGAAAUAGAGAUGGCAAAGUUCUCAACUGAUGACGAUAUUGAUGAAACUCAAUUACGUUCUGAUAGCACUGCUGGCUGGGAUAUUGAAGAAGAUAAUGACUGGAUGGUCGAUGAUGAAACUGACUAUAUAUUGAGAGAAGAAGUACUAUCAGUCCUAAAAAAUACGAAGCUGGAAGAGGACAUCAUCACGUACAAUGACUGGGAGGAGUUUGUGAUGGAAAGGGUCUCAAAUAAAAGAAAAAGAUAGAUAUUUGAUAUCAAAGUAGUUCAUAGCAACAGUAGUAAAUAUCUUGUUUGUAAAGAAAAGAAAUAAAACACGUAUUAUGUAGUAAAGCAAAGCAA